UUGUUUCUGGUCUUCAGUUUUAAGUUUGUCUCGCGGAGCGUCAGCAGUUUGUUUUCGCGGCUCGUGUCCGACGAUUUGUUUGUUUGUCUGUUUGUUUGUGACGUCACUGUGGCGCUGCGGAGGAUUAAAACUGAGCACGCGAUGAUUUAACGACUCACGGAGCGGAGAGACACCGGAACCAGGACCCGGACCAGGCUUGCAGGCGGGCUGACCUCGUCUGCUCCCUGUGUACCCAGAAUGAGCGUGCAGCCGCGUAGGAUCCGUCUGAAACCCUGGUUGUUGGCUCAGGUGAACAGUGGCAGGUAUCCUGGUCUGCAAUGGCUCACCUCAGACCGCCGACUCUUCCAGAUCCCCUGGAAACACGCUACACGCCACACGCCAACGUCAGACGAGGAAAACACCAUCUUUAAGGCAUGGGCGGUGGAAACCGGUAAAUAUCAGGAAGGCGUGGAUGAACCCGACCCUGCCAAGUGGAAGGCGAACCUGCGCUGCGCGCUGAACAAAAGCCGAGAGUUCCAGCUGAAAUACGAUGGCACCAAAGAGACGCCGGUCCAACCGUACAAGAUCUACGAGGUGUACGAGCAGAGCGGAUGCGCAGACGCCACUGAGGAUGACGACGAGGAGAUGCCAAACCUGCUGGAGCUCAGCAUUAACCCCAGGACCAGUGACCCUGCCUCCUUCAGCUCCUUUGCCGCUCAGUCAGAGGUCAACCACUUCGGUCUGUCCGCCAACGGGACAUUUGGACUUCCACAUGUGAUCCCUGUACCUCUGCUGCCUGAUGGAGCCAUGACCUCUGACCUCCCCAUGACCUCUGACCUCCCCAUGACCUCUGAACUCCCCAUGGCCUCUGAUCUCCAGGCUCAGGGUGGGAUUGUGAGACUCCAGGACCUGAACCCUAUGCCCCCCCUGGUGGCCUCUGCUCCCCCAGGCUCAGCCCCCAGCAGCAUGGGGGACCCUCAGAACCAGGAGCCCUGCAAGAUCGACCUGCUGAGCAGCGUCCCACUAACAGAUCUGGACCUGAAAUUUCAGUACCGGGGCCGGACGAUGGGCUCACUGACAGUCAGUAACCCUCAAGGUUGCCGGCUGUACUUCGGGCACCUGGAGCCGACCCCAGGGCAGGUGGACCUGUUCGGACCCGUCAGCUUGCAGCAGGUGCGGUUCCCGGGGACGUCGGACAUCCAGAACCAGAAGCAGAGGUUCUACACGGAUGCCCUACUGGAUGUGAUGGACCGUGGCCUGAUACUGGAGAUCUGGGAGCAGGAUAUCUACGCCGUCCGCCUCUGUCAGUGUAAGGUGUUCUGGUCCGGACCGGGCAUGCCUGAACAGGGUCCGCCUAACCCCAUGGAGCGGGAGAAGAAGAUCCGAGUGUUCAGCCUCAACGACUUCCUGCAAGGUCUCAUCCUUUUCCAGAAAGGUGAGGCUCAGAACCCUCCGCCCUUUGAAGUCUUCUUCUGUUUCGGGGAGGACUGGCCCGACAGGAAACCCAAAGAGAAGAAACUCAUCAUGGUCCAGGUGGUUCCUGUGGUAGCUCGGAUCCUGACAGAGAUGUUCUCUGGAGAACUCAGUUGGUCCACCGACAGCAUCCGGCUGCAGAUCUCGAACCCUGACGUGAAGGACCAGACCGUGGAGCAGUUCAAGGAGCUGCAGAGGCUCCUGCAGAGCCAACACACCCAGGGUCCCUGGAUUCCCAGCGGCCCUUGAACACCAGGGGACGGGGACAUACCAGGACUUGAUUAUUUCAGAACACGUUAAAGAUUUAAACUUAAGGUAGAGACACGCCAGCUGAUCUGAGCUCAGUCUGACAGGACUUCAAACUGGAGCUGAAGGCCAGUAUCACUCUGUCUCCUGUCCUCAUCAACAGGACACACGUCUUUCUGUCUCUUGUCCUCAUCGACAGGACACACGUCUUUCUGUCUCCUGUCCUCAUCAACAGGACACACGUCUUUCUGUCUUCUGUCCUCAUCAACAGGACACACGUCUUUCUGUCUCCUGUCCUCAUCAGCAGGACACACGUCUUUCUGUCUCAUGUCCUUAUCAGUCUGAGACCACGUGUGCGUCUUCGUCCUGAAGGUUGUCUGCAGGCUGUUGAUGAUGUCACGUGACCUCCCGACGCUUCAGAGGCAAUCCCCAAAAAUAUCAAUUGUGUAAAACUUGAUCAAUGUUUUUAAUGUUAAUAAAGUUUAAAACAUUAUUUAUGUUUUUAACUUUAUGAAUUUUCGGAACUUUAUAAACUUUAUGAUUUUUUAAUUACUUUUUGAAUUUCAGCUUCGCUGAUUCAGACCUGAAAAAUCUGACCUUUGACCUGCAACUGAGUGCUGUCAGACAUUUCAGUGACUUCUCUGUUUAGGAUGUCAAUAAACUGCAGUAUUCCUCCAGA